GCGGCCCGCGGCGCGGCGCGGCGGGGAGAGGGGCCGCCUGGGCCGGACGCCGCGGGCGGGACCCGGCAAGCGACGGCGCGGCGCGGAGCCCAGGUUACCCUGCUCACCAGAUGUCUGACAGCUCUUCUUGCAGCAUUGGCCAUUGGUUUUCACUGCCUUCACAAGAUCAGAAUUACUCCAGAACUUGGAGAGUUUGAUUUAAAAGAAAAAACUUGAGCAAAUGGACAAUAUGUCUAUAACAAAUACACCAACAAGUAAUGAUGCCUGUCUGAGCAUUGUGCAUAGUUUGAUGUGUCAUAGACAAGGUGGAGAAAGUGAAACAUUUGCAAAAAGAGCAAUUGAAAGUUUGGUAAAGAAGCUGAAAGAGAAAAAAGAUGAAUUGGAUUCUUUAAUAACAGCUAUAACUACAAAUGGAGCUCACCCUAGCAAAUGUGUCACCAUACAGAGAACACUGGAUGGACGGCUUCAGGUGGCUGGUCGGAAAGGAUUUCCUCAUGUGAUCUAUGCCCGUCUGUGGAGGUGGCCUGAUCUACACAAGAACGAACUAAAACAUGUUAAAUAUUGUCAGUAUGCAUUUGACUUAAAAUGUGAUAGUGUCUGUGUGAAUCCGUAUCACUAUGAACGAGUUGUUUCACCUGGAAUUGAUCUCUCAGGAUUAACACUGCAGAGUAAUGCUCCACCAAGUAUGUUAGUGAAGGAUGAAUAUGUUCAUGACUUUGAGGGGCAGCCAUCCUUACCCACUGAAGGACAUUCAAUUCAAACCAUCCAACAUCCACCAAGUAAUCGUGCAUCAACGGAGACAUACAGCGCCCCAGCUCUGUUAGCCCCAUCUGAGUCUAAUGCUACCAGUACCACCAACUUCCCCAACAUUCCUGUGGCUUCCACAAGUCAGCCGGCCAGUAUUCUGGCAGGCAGCCAUAGUGAAGGACUGUUGCAGAUAGCUUCAGGGCCUCAGCCAGGACAGCAGCAGAAUGGAUUUACUGGUCAGCCAGCUACUUACCAUCAUAACAGCACUACCACCUGGACUGGAAGUAGGACCGCACCAUACACACCUAAUUUGCCUCACCACCAAAACGGCCAUCUUCAGCACCACCCGCCUAUGCCGCCCCAUCCUGGACAUUACUGGCCAGUUCACAAUGAGCUUGCAUUCCAGCCUCCUAUUUCCAAUCAUCCUGCUCCUGAGUAUUGGUGUUCCAUUGCUUACUUUGAAAUGGAUGUUCAGGUAGGAGAGACAUUUAAGGUUCCUUCAAGCUGCCCUAUUGUAACUGUGGAUGGAUACGUGGAUCCUUCUGGAGGGGAUCGCUUUUGCUUGGGUCAACUCUCCAAUGUCCACAGGACAGAAGCUAUUGAGAGAGCAAGGUUGCACAUAGGCAAAGGUGUGCAGUUGGAAUGUAAAGGUGAAGGUGAUGUUUGGGUCAGGUGCCUUAGUGACCAUGCAGUCUUUGUGCAGAGUUACUACCUGGACCGAGAAGCUGGACGAGCACCUGGUGACGCUGUUCAUAAGAUCUACCCAAGUGCAUAUAUAAAGGUCUUUGAUCUGCGCCAGUGUCACCGGCAGAUGCAGCAGCAGGCGGCCACUGCACAGGCUGCAGCUGCUGCCCAGGCCGCGGCCGUGGCGGGAAACAUCCCAGGUCCUGGCUCCGUAGGUGGAAUAGCUCCAGCAAUCAGUCUGUCUGCUGCUGCUGGCAUCGGUGUGGAUGACCUCCGCCGCCUGUGCAUACUCAGGAUGAGCUUUGUAAAAGGCUGGGGCCCGGAUUACCCGAGACAGAGCAUCAAGGAAACACCAUGCUGGAUCGAGAUUCACCUCCACCGAGCUCUCCAGCUCCUUGACGAAGUGCUUCACACCAUGCCCAUUGCAGACCCACAACCUUUAGACUGAGAGCUCUCACCAUGGACGCCCUAACCAUUUUCAGGAUGGUGGACUAUGAAAUAUUAUCCUGUUUAUAAUCUGAAGACCUAUUGCAUUUUUGUUCUGCUCUGUCUUUUCAUAAAGGGUUGAAACAUGUGUUUGCUGCCUUGCUCUUAGCAGACAGAAACUGAAUUAAAACUUUUUUUCUAUUUUAGAACUUUUCAGGCAUGGCUCAGAGCUUGAAGAUCAGGAAGAACCAAUUCUUACUAAAUCUUCACUGGUGUUAUGUAUGAAGGAGUCAUUCCAGUGCUGGGAAGUCAGCCCUCUAAGUGUGCGAGCUGCUCACACGCAGGACACUGGUGUGCCCUUCUGCAGAGUACAUUCAGUGUUGCUGAUUUUAAGGCUGAGAAAUUUCCAAAGGUAGCUCACCUGUUACUUAGUGAGCAUGUUAUUGUUGAACACACUGUGUUCAAGUGCUGUGUGGGUGAGUCAGUUUUACCGAAAGCAACUUCACUCUGUUUGGAAAACCUUUUAUCCAGAAUGUUUUUUGCAAGUUAAGCAGUGAAGGUGAAUUAAAUUCAUACUGUCUUACAGACUUCAGGGUUUUUCCCCCAAGACAAAACACUAAUCUGUGUGCAUAGUGACAAUUCCUUACAAUUACCAGUCAAAGAAAUGCCAUUUAAAAUUACAUUUUUUUUUAGCCCUAAUAGAUGACCAUUAUCAAGAUGUGUACUUUUGCCCUGUUAAACAGUAGAUGAAUUCUUCUAUAUUUCUAGGCAUACGGUUGGUUAUAAAAGAGCCUAGGGGGAUUUCUUGCCCUUCCUUCACAGGGAGAAGGUUUUGUAUUUAUAAGACACUAAAAGCAGUGUCGCUCUGCCAGUGCCUCACUGUUCUGCAAGGUGGCAGUGCUUCACGAAAAUGAUGAUGACUAUUUUGGAAACUGCUAAAUUCUAUGUUAAAUACUGUGCAGAAUAAUGGAAACAUUGCAGUUCAUAAUAGGUAGUUUGGAUAUUUUUGUACUUGAUUUGAUGUGUGACUUUUUUUCAUAUACUGUUUAAAUCAUGUAUGUUUUGACAUUGUUUAAAAUUCAGUUUUUGUAUCUUGGGGCAAGACUGCAAACUUUUUUAUACCUUUUGGUUAUUCGAAGCCCUUUGUUUGACAUCAUCGAUCAGUCAGCAGUGACUUUGUAUAGAGACGGAAAGAGAAGAGUUGCAGAUGCGUUGACUGUACCACAGACACAACAUGUAUACUUUUUACCUAGUUAGUAGCGUAAAUAAAACCGAGUCUCAAUAUACAAGGUUGAAUUCUAGGUUUUGUUUUUAAAAUGCUUUCCUUUUGCACUUUUGAGUCCAAUCUCAGUGGCAAGACACCUUCUACUAAAUGACAGGCAACAGCCAGUUGGAUUGUACAGCUCUGGUUCCCCUCACACUCUACCAGGACUUUCCCAUGUACAUUAUGUAUCAUGUGUAGAGUUGGUUAUUUUUUGAACUUUGAUUUUACUGUAGCAAGAAGUAGACCUGGGAUGAAUAGUGUGAAUAAAAUCAAGAUCAUCGUCGAGAUGCUUUUAUUCUUCGCUCUGGGAGUUUUCUGUGAAUUUUACAGUGCAUAGGCAUUUGAGCUCUGGAAACAUGUGCAUAGCAGUGUGUGUGUGUGUGUGUGUGUGUGUGUGUGUGUGUGUGUGUGUGUGUGUGUGUAUGCAUGCAUGCACAUGCGUGCUGACAGUAAUCAGCAAGUCCUGGAGCCUGCUUCCAAAGGCUCCAGAAACCACUGAAGGCUGCUGUGACCGAAGUGGAAAGCUCAGUCCAACUUAACAUACCUUGUUUUUUUUAAAAAGCUUCUUGACCAGUUCGUUUCUACUCAAGUACUUAUAAAUACUUUUGUUACCUAAUUAUUAUCUGUAGAAGUUUAAGGUAAUUUUUUUAAAAAAAAUGUUGUGUUGGCAGAAUUAUACAAAGAUACCUUCUCUAGAAAUGUUUGCCUUUAGAUCCAUUUUACUCUGAAUGGGGAAUAGGAGUGAGGGAAGAGUUGUAGUAUAACGGACUUUUAAAACUCCAGGUUAUCUGACUAGAGCGUUGUCCAUGCGGUGGUCCAACUUGAUUUUCUACUUUAUGGAAAGUUUUCCAUGUUUAAGCAUCUUCGUAAAGUAUGUGGGAAAUAUUUGCUAAGAUGUAUCUCUUCAGAGCCAAGCCACCUGUCUUGGUUUUCUUAUUAAGAGCCAUAGAAUUUACUUCUAGUUAUUGAUGAUCCUUGUAAUUUGACUGUCCUAUCUUUUUAUAAAGUCUGUUUUUUGUUUUUUUUUUUUUUUUUGUUCCCUAGAAAUUGCCAUCUUUGAUGAAUAAGACUUUAAAAAACUUCCUUAAGCUUAAAAAUUUUGUGUCCAUUUUAGGAUAAGAUAGUUUGUGUAGUUCUUAGAGUCUAAUUACAAUGUGGGUAUGGUUCUGGGUGAUGGUCUCUGAUUCAUAGCUCAGUCUCCUAAGAUUAGAUCUCACUGGAAGCUGAGUGAGAGAGGAAGUAGGCCCACCCAGUUUGAAACCCGUUCUAUCUACUUUUGUCUUGUGCCUUUCUGUGCAUGAUUAAAGGGAAUCCUUCGUGGUGUUGCCUUGAUUUGCUUGGGAGUGGAUUCUUUUGUGGAAUAGAGUCUACCAUAAUUGUUCUGCUGUGCUGCCCCUGCUGUACAAAGAUGGUGAUAAGCCACGGCCAUGCGCUUGCUUUUCCACAAACACCAUCUUCUUGUGCUGUCCUAACCCACUGUCCUAUAAACAGUGCAGGUUCACAGAUCGGAUGAGCUGCCGUCGGGGACAUACCUGGAAAGUCCAGCAACACGUGAUUAGCUAUGCUGUAUUUCAAAGUGAAGAAUCCAGUUUUGUGGGGAAUGGUGUGGUUUGCAUUAGCAGCUUUGAAGGCAAAGUCGGCUUGGAGGUUUUACAGACUGGAGAAGGGAAUCUUCCUGAAAUGCUUGUGAAGUAUCUGUGGAGGUGAGAAGUAUUUGUUCCUGGUCUGCUAGUAACUGGCUAAUUAUCACUCUUAGUUCUUGUUGUUGUUUGCUUGUUUUUUAUUUUAAUUUGUUGUCCCUUUGGUUGAGACCCCUUGGAAGGAACAGUUUUACUUGGAGUUGGCUAGAGUUCUUUUUGGUGGUUUCUGUAGGUUGCUGUCUUCAUUGCUGUCAUUUUAUUUAAUGAUAGGGUGGUAAGGAGGUGAGUGAGUUAGAUUAUUGCAGUGAAUUCGAACAUGAACCCUUGUCAAGGAACAACUCUCAUAGGUGGGGCCUGGUGGAGACCUGCAGGUUGCACCUAGUGUGAAAAAAAAAUGCCCCCCCCAAUAGACGAACUCAUCUUGCUACACACAGUGAUCUGUAAAUAGCCCCUGAAAUCCUCCUUUGCAUGAUCAUAAAGAAAAGGCUGUGAGACUCCUGCUCAAGCCUUUCCAGUUUUCCCUUCUAAUAACCAGGCAGUUUCUUCUCUUGUGACACAUUAGAAGUGUGUAAAAAGCCAGUGGCCUUAUCCACAGCAGCAUCCUCGGCAGAGCCUCCGACCUAGCACUUCGGGUGCAGUGAGGUGGUUUAUCUGGUGUUAUUGAAGAAUGAAAUUUUUCAUUAUCUUGCCUUAUUAAGCAGUAAAACUUUUGAAAAAUUAGCCAUUUAUUGGUGGGAGCUAUUUAACAAAUCAGAAUAUACUGGGUAUACCAUUUCUUCUUCUUCUUUUUCCCUGUGCUGUCUCUGUGGACUCUGGGCCUCUGAGACAGACAGCACUAGGUAGCCUUUCCUAAAUACCCAAGACUGCUGUAGUUUUGAUGUUUUUGUUUUGAAUUCUUCUAAUCUUUCUGACAGCUACCACUUCUUGAGUGCUUUGUUAAUGUGCCUCUCCUUAAUGUUCUCAUUUUUUUUUUUUUUUUUCUAAUUCAUCUUUCCUAACUGCUUAGCUGAGAGAACCAGAUGAGGGAAAUUAUUAGCGUUCACCCAGGACACUUUCCUGUUGGGGUUGAAAAGGACUUUGAUGCAUUGCUAUUGCACAUUGAUUUGAUUGCUUCCAGUGGUCUCUGAUUCUUGAUGAGUUUUAUACGGUUGAUGUGGAGAGACUAAAUUGUAGUCAUAGCCCCAUAGCCUUUCUCUUCCCUAGUGCUUUGAAAGAUGUUUCUGCUGAAUUCACUCAUAAAAGCUGGACUGUUUGCUAGAGGCCCCAGCAAACCACACACACCCUCUUUAGAAAACAUCCUUGCUUGUUCUGUCUCCUGGUAAUCCUGCUCUCUGGCCGCCUUCCUCUCUAGAUACUUCUAACCUAUAGGUGCCUUUAUGAGAAUUGAGGGUCUGAUAUCAUGCCCCAAGGAGUAGCUAAUGUAAUGACUAAUGUUUUCAGGGAUUUUAGCAUCAAACUUAAAAUGAAUGAAUGAAGCUUUUUAUUCCUUUUUUAAUGUGGGAAGGUCUGAGGAGAAUUUUGGUGAAGACAAUCAUUUCUCUGUGUUCACGCAGUUUGUUUAAGAUGUUUUUUCAGUAGGUCCAGAGUUCAUGUUCCUGUUCAACCAAAAACGUGUGGCUCUGGAUUCAGACAGUAGCACUUUGAAUUCAUGAUUUGUGUGUCCUUGGCAAGUCGUCUCCCUCCCUGGGCCUCAGCUGCCUCACCUGUGAAAUGAGGGGUUGGACUGUUGUGCCAGCUCUGGCUUCUAAGUGCCCUUGCCCGCCUUGCAGCAGUGUGGCAUUUCCUCUUUCCCCUGGGGCUGCUGUCUGAAGGGGGCUCUCGCUUCUUUCUUUGUUACUCAGUGAGACUAGGCUUGGUCUUGGAGCAUUUGUUCUUCCGUGGACUAGUAGUUACAUCCGUCCUUACGACUGAUUUUUAACCAGAGGCUUAGCACCACCUUGGGGGCUGCAGCAAGUACAGUGGGGAACACGCACCUGGGGUGGGAGGAGCCUUUGUUUCCUUUCCCGUCAUCUGUGUCCAGAGCCUGGCGAAAGGCUCUUCUGAGUCAUGGCAUUCUGACUUUCAAGUUGGUGUGUGUGUGUGUGUGAGACACUGUCUUCCUAAGUGCUGACAAUUCUUCACCUAAAAUGGAUUCAAAUCCUGUUGUUAAUGCCUAGUAAUAUUAGAGGUCCUUUGUUAGGGUCUUUAGUUGCUUGACUCUUCUGCGCUCCAAACAGGAAGUUCUUCAGAAUUAUAUCAAUAUUUUAAUUGAUGCUAUGAAAAACAGUAUCAGUGAAUGGUUAUUCACUUUAUUUUUGCCUCUUUUGUAUCCAUUUUGAUUAAACAACUUUUGGCUGGAUCAUUCCUUUCAGAGAGUUCUCUUCCAGCCUGCUUGGAUGAGUAUAAUAACUGAGUUUGUUAUUUUUAAGGACCUGGGAACCUUUCUAGGGGGUGGGUUAGGGGUGGGUUAGGGGUUGGGGAGUCCUGGUAGAGGCCAGCUCUAUGGUGGCUGGUGGGGAAGGGAUGGAACCAGUUGCUCCUGCUAAGGUUGCUUGUCAUUGGUGGAAGGACUCAUGGGCUUGGAUUGGUUAAAAGGCUAAUGUGGAGUUGGCAAACCUCCUCCAGAAGGAGGGUUUUUUGUUCAAUGCAUCAGACAUGUGACUUAACAGAAAAGCAUGAUUGCCUAUAGUGAUGAAAACUGGUGUGCUGCAGAGUCCGGGGUGGAAGAAGUGACGGGGCGGGGUGUUGGGGACAGAUUGGUGGUGGUACCUCCCCACUCUGUCUCCUCAUCUGGGGUCACUCGUAGCUUGUGCUUUAGGGAAACCUGGUCAGCUGAAGCGCCAGUCACUUCCUUUCUAUAUACUUUUGCCUGGUUGAAGUCUGUGGCUAAAAAAAAAAAAAAAAAAAAAAAAAAAAAA